AUGUCGUCCUUCAACGGCACUGAGGUGCCGGACCUGUCCAAGCGCCUACAUCAAGCGACGUCUGAGAUCAACCAGCUGAAGGAGGUCUUCAAGGUCCCCUCCAUAUCGUUUGGCGUCGUCCACCAAGGAAAGGUGAUCCGGAAACAGAGCAUCGGCUAUCGAGAUGUCGACAACCGCCUAAAUGCAGACCCAGACACGAUUUAUCCGAUCUCCUCCUGCACGAAGAUGUUCACGGCCGCCGGGAUUGCCCUUCUCGUCGAUGAGGGGAAAUUGCAAUGGCAGGGCCAGGUAAGCAAGAAUCUGCCCGAGUUCAAUCCCCAGGGCAACCCCGCCAUUGCGCUCGAAUCAGAUCUCAUUGAUCUCCUGCGGCACUCCAACGGGAUGCCCGACGCGACAAUGCUCACGGUUGGCCCUCGAGGCUGUCAUCUUCAUGAUUGCGGAAUUAAAGGACUCAUCCCACUGUUUAAUCAGCUGCCCACAGCCAACGCCGAUGGACAGCGGUUCAACCGGCAUUGGACAUACAGCAACAUGAACUUCAUAUUAGGGGGCGAGAUCAUCUCAAGGGUGAGCGGGCAGACGUAUCCGGAUUUCAUCCGAUCUCACAUUCUAUCCCCGCUCGGAAUGACCCGGACUGUCCUUACCAAGGCCGAUAUCCCCGACGACAAUGUCGCCUGUCAGUAUACCCUGCUAAGGGACGGAACACUGAAACAACUACCGCCGAACCAUUGGCCUUUCGACAAGAGCAGGCCUGACAUCCCCGGGUCCGGAAUGGGAAGCAGCCUCAACGACAUGCUGACCUGGUGCAUGGCCGUGCUCUCCGCAGAGAACGAAGAAUCAGAGCUAGACAGCUCCAUGCCCGAAAGACGCAAAAGCCCCUUGAAGCAAAUGACCCGCCUUCGCCGUGGCUACUGGACCCGACCCCCUGAGGACCCCGACAAAAGCAACGGUGCAGCCUUCGGCAUGGGCUGGAUACGGAUGACGCUGCCAACCUCGAUGGUAGGCACAUACAGCGGGAACCGAUACACCCGGGAUCCAAAAGGGCCGUGGAAACUGCACCUCGACCGCAACAACAUCCUUGGCUUGGAUUCUCCCCCGCGGGAGAUGAUUGGACACACUGGGGGCGCGAUAGGAGGGAUCGCCACUGUCUGGACAUUUCCUGAGACCCAAAGCGCCGUAUGUGUGCUCGUCAAUGGGCGGUCCUUAGGUGACGCCAGCGACUUUGCAGCGCAGGCACUGAUCCAGGCGCUGUUUGACCUAAAGCCGCAGGUAGACCUACUCUCGUGGGCAAGGAAAGAAGCCGAACUAAGCGCGAACUCUCUGACAAACGACUUGUUGACACUAUGGAAGGCAAAUCGGCGCGAGGCCGAUCGCGAGCGAGACCCAGAGCGCUAUGUUGGCGAGUACAAGGGAUUUAAUGACCUCUUCACGUUGAGUGUUGGCACUUCGCCCGCUUCGACACCUGAUCAGGAAUGCGAUUCAAGGUUAACUCUCACAUUCAACAACGUCGACCGCACAACCUGCGAGCUGGUCUUCUACAAACAAGACACCUACAGCGUCUUCACCGGAGACCUGGACUUGUGGAUGGCCGAGUGGUUUCACUAUCGAGAUUACCGCCAGACGCUGCUGGAAUUCGAGCUUGAUGAUGCUGGACUGGUGCUGGGGCUUUGGUGGAUGUGGGAUACAGAUGAGGAGCGGGCGUGGUUUCGGCGUGGGGAUGGAGGCCGUGCUGUUCUCAACUGA